GGAGACCGAUGAGGGGACGGCCAAAGAGCGGGUAGGAGGGCUGGAGAGAGCCAGAGAGAAAGAGUAGGAGAGAGGAAAGGACGAAGGGUGGCGAGGAGAAGCAGCGCCAAGGACUCGGAGCAAAGGGAGGCGCACAGGCCGCAGCGGGAGCAGCGGGGGCAGCGGGCUCGGGGCCGGGCCGCCCCUGCGAGCAAGGCGCAGCCAUUCCGCUGCUCGGGGCGCCGCCGCCGCCGCCACCGCGCCCGGGGGCCAUGCUCCCGCCACCCCCGCGCCAGCCGCCGCCCCAGGCGCGCGCGGCCCGCGGAUCCCUGCGCCUGCAGCGGGCCUUCCUGCGCGGCCCGUUGGGCGUGCUGCGUCUGCUGCAGCUGCUGGCGGGAGCCGCCUUCUGGAUCACCAUCGCUACCAGCAAGUACCAGGGCCCAGUGCACUUCGCGCUCUUCGUGUCGGUGCUCUUCUGGCUGCUCACCCUGGGCCUCUACUUCAUCACGCUGCUGGGCAAGCAGGAGCUGGUGCCCGUGCUGGGCUCGCGCUGGCUCGUGGUCAACGUGGCGCACGACCUGCUGGCCGCUGCCCUCUACGGGGCCGCGACGGGCAUCAUGAUCGACCAGACGCAGCGCCACAGCUACUGCAACCUCAAGAGCUACCGACUGCCUUGCGCCUACCAUGCCUUCCUGGCGGCCUCCGUGUGCGGCGGCCUCUGCCUCGGCCUCUACCUGCUCUCGGCGCUCUAUGGCUGCUGCCGUCGCUACCAGGGCAAGGAGGAGGUGGUGUGAGGCCGCGCUCUCCACUGCGGCCCAGAUCGGUGCGGGGAUCCCUCCCGAGCCCUUCCUGCCGCCCCCUCCCCGUGCCGGUGCGCCCCUGCACCCUCUCCCUGCCUGUGUUCCCACUGUCCGCGCCCUGGAUCCCCGACGUUCAGUUCCAGUCUGACUGCUGCACCGCAGCUUAGCCCAGAUAUCAGUUUCCAGGGACCAGCGCAGCUACCCAAGGCACUGACGCACACGGUCAGAUGGGCCGCCCCAGGAGAAGCCUGGAAGUCCCUUUUCCCAUUCCUUGUCCAGAGCUAGACGUGGACAGGCGCCGCCGCGUAGAUCCGGCGGAGGCUCCCAAAUUGGAAACAGUCUUUGGAUUGCGCCUCUGCCCCCUCCCUCCUGCCCUGCAGUCGAAAGAGCAUCCCUUCCCUGCCCCCCCCCCCCCCCCCCCGCUUCCAGCCUGGGGUGGUGUAGAAUGCAGUCAGACUGUUGCAAGCGGAGCUGGGGACAAGCCUUAGCUGGUGCUGGAAUGAAUGACGUCUUUAGUUGUAGUUUGGAUCUCUCCCUGCGUAGCCCUACAACAUCGAAGUUUUUGGGUGGGACCAGCUACAGGAGUGUUGGCUAGCAAAGGCCCGCUGGCUGUACCUUACUAAACAAGGCAAGUCUGUCUGCAUUUACCCUUGGGGUUCAUUCAGACCAGGCCAAAUGUGCUAUCUUCCCUGGCCUCUCGGAUUUCACUCACCGGCUUCUGCUGCACCCCACCUUUAAAUAUGUUUGUAUUAGGGAUCCUACGUGAUCAACAGCAAUUGUUAAGAUGAUGCCCACCCCUUUGGGGGCCCAGAUCCCGCUCUCGGGAACAGCUCUUUUAAGAUAAGAGCCACAUUUUCCCUCUAAAGUAGUAGGCCGUCUAGGGAACCAUUCAGGCACUACCUCCAAAAGAAGGCUUCGAAGGCAAAUGGGCCUGUCAAUGGUGCUGUCUUCCCGUGAAGAUUCAGUGUUGGGUAGCAUAAUGAGGUCUCUGAGAAAUCCCGCAGGUACACGCCCACAUAUGGUCAAUUAGUUCACUGAAUUACUAUUGGGCCCAAGCCAUUCCCACCCCAAAGCUGCCCCAUGCUGCGUGGGUCAUUCCCACAGUUUGGCCAUUGAAGACUGGGAAGCUCCUCUUUCCCUGGGAGUUUCUCUAACUGGGGGGAGGGGGUUGCACACAAUGACAAAAGGGCUGGAUGCCCCUCACCAGCCAGAGGCCUGAGAACUGUUGGGUGGUUUUUCACAUGAUUGGAAAAACGAAGCUAAGGAUAUCCAGGUGGUCUGCCAGUCUAAAGGACAGUCACUUGCAAGAGAUGCUGGCAUUGACGCUGAGCAGCAGGUGGGAUGAGCUCUGCCACCAAGCUGAGAACUCUUUGGACCUGGGGUGGACAGCGGGUGCCACCUCUAAGGUUUCCAUGUAGCCGAGGCCUCAAAAACUCCCAGAGUGGUCAAACUACCACAGCCCUGCCUGCUUGUCUGCACUGGUCUACUUGGGGCCAGCAGAAGGUUUAGGAGUCUCUGCUGCUGUGGGGCAGGUGGGCAGCAAGAGGUCUCUCCUUCACACUGUCUGGUGGAAGAGCCAUGGUGGGGAAGACCGAUUCCCUCCUUGAUGCUAGAGGAUUUCCAGUUCUCCUACAUCAUAAUUUUGGGCACAAGAUUCUGAACUCUUGGAACGGAUCUUUGCCCAUCUCCAGUUCCCUAAAUGAUGGGCCUCAGUCCCAGCUUUACCUGUUCUUUACCUGUUUGUCUUUUGUAGAUAACUAAGCUCAGGUCCAAUUCCCUGAGGAGCUCAGCCCCAGCGUUCUACAUCUGUGGCCAGGUGACCUUGCUCAGGGUCACACAUCCUGGCCCCGCUGGUGCCUCAUCUGCCCAGAUGUGCUUGUAGCAUUCCAGAGCCCACAGCUCUUCCUGAUGUGCCUUCCAGCCUGGCUUCCAACAGCUUUGUGGUCCUUCAGUCUGCCAAAUGUGAGAAGGGUGGAUGAGACUGCCUUGCCACCCACCUUCCCUCACACGCCACAGAAUGAUCACCUGAUGUCCCGGAACAUUUGGGUACCGGCAGUUGUCUCCUCGGCUUACUUCUCUGACACCAGGACUGGGGCCAGGCCAAGACCACCCACACAGCUCCCAACCAAAUGUCUGGGGCCUCUUGUGGGCCCAGGACACAAAUUCAACCGUGUGUACAAAGGCCAAGCAGGGGUGGGUUUUGGUAUAGGGAGGGUGGCUAGAGGGAGGAGCCAUGUGCCUUAUCCGGUAGUGUAGUCAUGGUUGCCCCAGGAUGCCUUUUGGAAUAAAGUUUGGUUUGUCUGA